GUGCAGUCACGUGUAGUACGCUUACACAAGCCGCCGCCAUUACAGUGCGCUGGCAAAACGGCGGGAAAAUAUUUCAUUGGAAUAUAUUUUAAUACAAUUUUUUUUAAUUUUUAAUUCUUGUAUUCAUUUUGUCUGAAUUUUUAAUCUGACUCUGAAUCAGCGUUUUCAAAUUUCUAAGUUAUGAGGCUCAACGCUAUUUUUUUGUUCAUGGCAGCGGCGUCCUUGGGUCAAUGUCAACGGCACAGCCAGAUAAUUCGAGAUGACAUUGACGGUCCGAACCCGGAUGGCUCUUACAAAUGGGCAAUCGAAACAGAUGAGGGAAUCUACCAUGAGCAGCGAGGGUCAGUGCAAGAAGACACCGGAUUGGCCGUGAAGGGGCAGUAUCAAUACGUCGCUCCCGACGGGCAGGUGAUCAACGUGCUGUACAGUGCUGACGAGAAUGGGUUUCAAGCGAGCGGCGCUCACCUGCCGACACCCCCACCAGUCCCGCCGGCCAUACAAAAAAUCAUUGACUACCUCAACAGCCAUCCGACAGAGCCGACUCGGAUAUAAAUAAAAAACGCGCCCCGCCGAAUCCGUGUGCGCGCAUUCGAGAACAUUCCUUCAUUUUUACGCGCUCUUUUCUCCGUCAGAUUAUUUUUCUUUAAUUUUUGGUUCCGACACGGUUUGUGCAUUAGCCAGCGUCAAGUAAUAACACUUUUAUAAUUCGCCGUUUUAAUUAUUUACAGUUUAUGAAUAAUAAUAAAAACUAAGGAAACUAGUCGUGACAUAACGUAAAUCAUUAAAAACGAAUUAAAUUUACAAAUGAGAUGAUAUGUGAUUAAAUAUAAUCUCAUUAAAAUGGUGGUAAUUUAAUAAAUACUUUUUGGAG